AUGUCUAAAGCCGUCGGUAUCGAUUUAGGUACUACCUACUCCUGUGUCGCUCACUUUGCUAACGACCGUGUCGAAAUUAUUGCCAAUGACCAAGGUAACAGAACUACUCCAUCCUAUGUUGCUUUCACUGAUACUGAAAGAUUAAUUGGUGAUGCUGCUAAGAACCAAGCUGCCAUGAACCCAACCAACACUGUUUUUGACGCCAAGCGUUUGAUUGGUAGAAAAUUUGAUGAUCCAGAAGUCCAAAGUGAUAUGAAACACUGGCCAUUCAAGGUUAUCAACUCUGCUGGUAAGCCAAAGAUUGAAGUUCAAUACAAGGGUGAAACCAAAGUUUUCACUCCAGAAGAAAUUUCCUCUAUGAUCUUGGUCAAGAUGAAGGAAACUGCCGAAGCUUACUUGGGUUCUAAAGUCAAUGACGCUGUUAUCACAGUUCCAGCUUACUUCAACGAUUCUCAAAGACAAGCCACAAAGGAUGCUGGUGCCAUUUCUGGUAUGAACGUUUUGCGUAUUAUUAACGAACCAACCGCUGCUGCCAUUGCUUACGGUUUGGAUAAGAAAGAUUCUGGUGCUGGUGAACACAAUGUUUUGAUUUUCGAUUUGGGUGGUGGUACUUUUGAUGUUUCCUUGUUGACCAUUGAAGAUGGUAUUUUUGAAGUUAAGGCCACUGCUGGUGAUACUCAUUUGGGUGGUGAAGAUUUUGAUAACAGAUUGGUCAACCACUUUGUCCAAGAAUUCAAGAGAAAGAACAAGAAAGAUUUAACAACCAACCAAAGAUCUUUGAGAAGAUUAAGAACUGCUUGUGAAAGAGCCAAGAGAACCUUGUCUUCUUCUGCUCAAACUUCUGUUGAAAUCGAUUCUUUAUAUGAAGGUAUUGACUUUUACACCAGUAUUACCAGAGCUAGAUUUGAAGAAUUGUGUGCCGAUUUGUUCAGAUCCACUUUGGAACCAGUUGAAAAGGUUUUGAGAGAUGCCAAGUUGGACAAGUCUCAAGUCCACGAAAUUGUUUUGGUUGGUGGUUCCACCAGAAUUCCAAAGGUCCAAAAGUUGGUUUCUGACUUUUUCAACGGUAAAGAACCAAACAGAUCUAUCAACCCAGAUGAAGCCGUUGCUUACGGUGCUGCUGUCCAAGCUGCCAUUUUGACUGGUGAUCAAUCCUCCAAGACUCAAGAUUUAUUGUUGUUGGAUGUUACCCCAUUAUCCUUGGGUAUUGAAACUGCUGGUGGUGUCAUGACCAAGUUGAUUCCAAGAAACACUACUAUUCCAACCAAGAAAUCAGAAGUCUUUUCUACAUAUGCUGAUAACCAACCAGGUGUCUUGAUCCAAGUUUUUGAAGGUGAACGUGCCAAGACAAAGGAUAACAACUUGUUGGGUAAAUUUGAGUUGAGUGGUAUUCCACCAGCUCCAAGAGGUGUUCCACAAAUUGAGGUUACCUUUGAUAUUGAUGCCAAUGGUAUUUUGAACGUUUCCGCCGUUGAAAAGGGUACCGGUAAAUCUGAAAAGAUCACUAUCACCAACGAUAAAGGUAGAUUGUCUCAAGAAGAUAUUGAGAGAAUGGUUUCUGAAGCUGAGAAGUUUAAGGAGGAAGAUGAAAAGGAAGCCAAGAGAAUUCAAGCUAAGAACCAAUUGGAAUCUAUGGCUUACUCUUUGAAGAACACUAUUUCUGAAGCUGCCGACAAAUUAGACGCUGCCGACAAGGAAACUUUAGAAAAGAAGUGCACAGAAGUCAUUGAAUGGUUAGACAGCAACACUACUGCUACUGAAGAAGAAUAUACAGACAAGCAAAAGGAAUUGCAAGAUGUUUCCAACCCAAUCAUGUCUAAGUUGUACGCUGCCGGUGGUGCUCCAGGUGGUGCUCCAGGUGCUGCUCCAGGUGGUUUCCCAGGUGGUGCUCCUCCAGCUCCAGAAGCUGAAGGUCCAACUGUUGAAGAAGUUGACUAG